UACAACCUCCUCUUCCUCUUCUACCUCCACCACCUCCUCCUUCCUCCUCCUCCUCUUGCUCCUCCUUCUGCUGCACCACCUUCUCUUCCUCCUUGUUCUCCACCACCAUCCCUUCCUCCUUCUCUUGCUCCUGCUCUUCUUCCUCCACCGCCUCCUCCUUCCUCCUUGUUCUCCUCCUCCUUCCUCCUCCUCCCCCUUCUCCUCCUCCUCCUCCUCCUCCUCCUCCUCCUCCUCCAUCAGCUGAGGAAGGCCAGCAGCAGCAGGAUGAGGAGGAGGAGGAGGAAGAGGAGGAGGACCUCAGCACCCUGCACCCCGGGGCUCUGCUGUACCGCUCGGCGGGCCGGCCCAACUUCCUGGUGAUGGCGGACGCCCUGGCCCACGGCGCCGACGUCAACUGGCUGAACGCCGCCAAAGACUCCCGCAGCCCCCUGCUGCAGGCCGUGACCGCGAACUCCCUGGCGGCGUGUGAGUUCCUGCUGCAGAACGGAGCGAGCGUCAACCAGGCCGACGCCCACGGCAGCGGACCCCUGCACCACGCCACCGUGCUGGGCCACACCGGGCUGGUGUGUCUGUUCCUGAAGAGGGGCGCCGACUACAAUGCCAAGGACAAGUACCAGAAGGACCCCAUCGGCAUCGCCGUGGAGAACGCCAACGCCGACAUCGUCACCCUGCUGCGCAUCGCCAAGAUGAACAAGGAGAUGCGGGAGACGGAGGGAGGGUUCGGCCAAUCAGGGGACGCGACGUACCAAGACAUCUUCCGGGACUUCUCGCACAUGGCGUCGAACAACCCCGAGAAGCUGAAGCGACGCAGCGCCGAUCCAAAGUCCUAGAGUGAACACACACACACACACACACACACACACACACACACACACACACACACACACACACACACACACACACACACACACACACACACACACACACACACACACACACGUUGAGUCAUAGGUCAGCUGCUGUGUUGACUCCAUGGGAGAAUGAAGAGAGGUCCCAGCACAGUGGACUCUAUUGUGUUUACUGGUCAAACAAGAGGACUAAUGUUUGAUCAGUUCACACACCAAAAAGGAAAAAGGAUGGUGGGCUUCCAAGGGAAAUGGCUUCUGAGGGAAAAGCAGCAUUUGAUAUGUAUGACAGGUCUGGAAUGACUUGCCAUAGCUACGGCCUGGAUACACCAGCCAAAACAACUCCUUCUAACAAUGUGUUUUUGGUGUUGAUUUAUUUUAUGCUGUCUUUUUUUUUUUUUUUUACUGUCGCCUACAAAUAAAAUGCAAUGCAUGAUCCUUUUA